AUGGACCAAAAAGAAACCACCGCUGCUCGCACCAUCUCACCAAGGCUUUUAUACACCACACUCAUCACAGUACUUCUUCCGUUUAUUUACGGCAUCGAACUGCUUAGCAUUCAAGCUCUUCCCACAGAGAUUUCUGCAAACUUCAAAAAGUUGAGUAGUAGAUUUGAUUCAAACAGUUUUUGUAUUGUAUUUUUUGCCGCUUUUCUUUCCAAUAUAGUUGUCUACAACAUUCGUGUUGACAGUAGAGUAACUCUCUCUCUUAGUGCUUUAUCCUUCUCAUUCUCUGCUUUAUUUUGCUAUUGUACAGAAUACUUAUAUUUGUUCUAUUUAGGUAGAUUUCUAAUAGGGUUUGCUGCUGGAAUAAUUGCUAGCACCAUGCCUUGCUAUCUUAGCUUGAUUUCUCCAAUAAAUGUCAGGGGAAUGUUCUCCUCACUUUAUGGUAUAGGUCUUGUCGGAGGAUUGCUGUUUAUUAAUGCAACAUUUUCGUUCUUUACGGAGCACUAUCACAGCAUAAUGCUAGGAAUUGCUGGCGUAUUCUUUGUAUUCCCGGUAUUACUAUCAUUUUCUGUUCCCUUUAACAACUCCUCGCUGAAAGAUGGAAAAAGUUCUUUACUCUCACUGCUAGUAAAUCCCAAGGCAUUGAAGUCUCUAAUAUUUUCUGCAUUCUUCCACAUUGUUCAAAACUUGUGUGGAAUCAAUCAGCUGUCUCUCAAUGCACGUUCUAUCUAUGGCGAGAACUUCCAGUACCACGUAGUGCUAUCUCUUCUUAUAGGAUUGCCAGUUACUAUUCUAUCAGGAUAUCUUCUUGAGCACUUUGGAAGGAAAUCGCUGAUUCUUACAUCGUCUUCCAUCACAUCCAUUUGCUGUGUAGCCUUUUAUCUGCAUUUUCAAGUUUUCUAUGCCUCGUACCUGUUCUCCUUUGGAUUUAACAUUGGUCUGAGUGGAAUACCAUAUGUAAUUCUGAGCGAGGUGUUUCCACAGGAAUAUGUGGCACCUGGAGCCAUAUUUGCUACUUCUUGCAACUGGAUCAGUGCUAUGAUAUCGAUGUUUAUUCCUCAAGGGUCAGUCGAGGAUCAAUACAACCCGGUUUUCAUAGGAUAUUUUUUUGUUACGCUUGCAUUUAUUUUGUUUGUAUCAUUCUAUUUCAAGGAAACAAAGAACAGAAUACCAGCAUUCCAGUAA